UUCAGUCACCUUCAUCUUCAAGGAGACACUACUAAGAUUUUCCCCGAGUUUUAUGAAUCAUGUCGAAGCUACGGUGCUGGAAGAGGCCAGUUAGCAACAGCGUUUUUCGAAGAUUGGAAUAUGCUCAGUAUUCUGGCCAAGGGCUUUGUAGAUUGAGUCAGAUUCCAGACGAAGUGAUUGAUGAUGUUGAGAAGCACUACACAGGGGUUGCUGCUAUUGUUAAAGAAUUGGACAACAGCAGUGUUACAUUAGAUUUUGAUCCUAGACAAUGCUUUGAAGCUUUAAAGACUGUCCUUGGUCAUUUGAUGAACUUUGAACCCAGGAGAAAUAAUGAAGAGUGUGCUUCAGAAGCUGAGCAAAACAGAUAUGCACAGGCAUUUUAUAAUUGUGGAGGACUAGAAGUUUUACUUCGGCUAUUGAUGUUUGGUUCGCUGUUUCCACAAGAGUCACUUUUUAGCAGAGAAUCAGAAGUUCGCCUCAGAAUAAAAAGUUUAGUCCUCGAAAUUUUGACUAAAAUCACAACCACGACUGUGGGAGACAAAGUGACGAGGGAAUUACUGCGCUAUGACGAUGUUCUCAACUAUGUUUUCACAUUACUGGCUCACCAGAAAACAUUCAUCAACUCCUGUCAGCUGAUAGAAGACAUGCUCCAGUCCCGCAGAGAGGUCCUUGAUUUGCACAGAAUACAUAACUUGAGGAAUCUCAUCUUAUGUCUAGAUGAUCAGCCAUUGGCUAACUUCUGCAGGAUUCUUGCUGUGACGAUAUCAGAUCUGGAUAUCUAUGAAAACAAAUCCUCCUUGUUUGCUCAGAAUAAACAGAAGAGGACGAGGGGAUUCAUUAACGUCAGAGAUAUUAAUCAGGAAAUGCUCUUGUCUAUACCAGAGUUGCUGCCCAGGUUAAUCCGACUUGCUGUGGAUAAAGAUUAUGUACCGCGCUAUAGAGGCAUGGUUAGUGAGCUGGAGUGCUGGAUGGAGUGGAUAGAAAACAGAAUGGCAGAGGAAAUCUAUGAGAAUCCAGUUACAGACGAUUUUGAUGACUUCAUCGGAGGGGUAUCUGAGCCCACCUCCCCUGGGGGAUUGAUGACCCAACAGCAGGGCUUAAAAAUCAUGGAAGAGCUUGUACAGAGGGUGGAGGUGGUCUACGUCCUCGGCUUGUUCUUGGUUGGCAAACAUAGGAAAAAGGUUCAGAGGAAGCUGGCAGAGUUGAAGUUAGCACCAGGGUUAAGUGAUCUGUUUGAUCAGUUCAUAUGGAAAUGUCAAGUCCAAAGGUUUAACAGCCGGCAUAGGUUACGGGGUCACAAUGCCGCUUGUGAGUGCAGUCCGGAGGUGGCAUUGAAAAUCCAGUUUCUCCGAUUGGUUCACAGUUUCUGUGAUCAUUCAGACUACAAACAUUUGCUCCUAUCCAAAAAUGAACUGAAUGAACUCAAGAGAAUAAGUGCAAAAAGCAACAUGGAGCUUCCCAACAUAGACAAUGUGAAUAAGCAGUUGAUGUGUCGAGGAAGCAAGGCUUUGACGAAAAUUGUAGAGGUUAUGAAGAAGGAGCCAACAGCUUCAACCUUCAGGUUCUGGCUGGCCAGAGCAGUGGAGAGUUAUCUAAGGGGUUCCACAUCUUACUGUGAUCAGAUCUUCCUCAUGAGGAGAGGCUUACUCCAGCAUGUAGCAGGGAACAUAGUUGAUCAUGAAAUCCGACACAAAGAAAUCCUGCAGAGUAGCUUUGACUUGUUAGGAGAAAUGAUCAAGUUUAACAUAGAUGCCUUCAAACAGUUUGACACAAUCCUCCACACAAAAGAAAGAUUUGACAAAUUCAUCGGAACAGUAAAUAGAAAUCUGGUAGACUCCAACAUGUUCAUCAGAAGUCUAAUCCUCUCCUAUGAGCAUUUCCUCAAGGAGGAGCCCAAGCACACAGAGUACUGUAAGAAGGAAAGUCGUUUGAUGACAUAUAUCUGUGACUUCAAACGCCAGCUGGACUACCUGUACAAACUCAUCAACACCAUCAAUGUCCAGAAUCUUACACAGGAGAAUGUCAGCUGUCUGAACACAACCUUGGUGUUUCUGAUGUUUGCCAAUCAGAAGAGUCAGUUACCCAGUUAUCUACAACAGCUCAGAGACGAGAAGGAAGACAUGCUGGAUGUAAAUGGCUCAGUGUCUGUGAUGAGGAACUUCAGGGAUUUGUUGACAUUUUGGCAGGACCAUUAUCUACACAAAGACAAAGAUUGCAGUGCUCUGGAAAAGAGUUCCCGUAUAAGCUUCGAGUACUGGAAACAGACUGUGACUACGCUGGUGUCUGAGGAUAGGUCAGAAAAAAGUGCUAUAGUCCACUACAUACAACCACUGUCAGACCGACCUAACUGAGAGCUAGCUAGUCUCGGUGUGCUAAACUCACGGAAAAGAAGGGAACUAGCCUAGUUAAGGCUCUGUGGAACAUUGAAUGUCCUGCCUCACAACUGUGGGGUGUCCUGGCAUAAGACUGUGUUGCACUUGCACACAACAGUAAAGUGUUUUGGUAGACCACAAGACAACAACACUGACAAGAAUGGAACUAGUUUAGUUGAGGCUCUGAGAAACGUUGAGUGUCCUGGAACACUCUUGUGGAAUGCACAUCUCUGAGGUGUCUUGACAGAACUUGCCAAACAACUAAAAUAUGUUUCAUGAUGCAACUAUUGAUUUGUCUUGACACCUAAUAACCGGUUGUUAUGGCACAUAAUUAAAAUUUAUCUUGGGUAACCAUUACAAGGUGUCUUGCCACGUGACUACAGGCUGGCUCACAACUACUGAGACACACAAAUGUGAGAUGUCCUACCAAGGUGUGACUACAAGUGAGGGUGUCUUAUCUCAGGACUAUACACCACCUUGGCGUAUUCAGUGUGCACUCUAUGGAUGAUGCUGCCUUUCAAUCGGGGAAUACUCCCGCUGUGUGAUUUGAGAUAGGACAUUUAAGUAUAUUGAAUACCUGGUAAAAAUGUGAUGAGGGAUGGACAGACUGCCCGUAUCACUUGUCCGCCCUACCCCCCACCAUGUGAUCUGUUGACCAGGCAAUUAGAAUGCGCUCCUAUCAUCAGUAGCUCGUGGACAAGAUACAUUCUCAACUUUGAUGUCACAGAGAUUUUAUUUCCACAAAUUUAAGAGAAUUUAUUGGCCACUUUAUGUGGUGUGUACACUAAGGAGUUUCAGGUGUCACAACAGUGAACACAACCUGGCCUAUCAGCUGGUAUGUGUCCACCUUAUAAGGUGCUGAUGCCAUUCAAACUGAUCAGCUCAGCCAGAGACUGUAGGACCCAUCAGGGUAUGAAGCUGUGUGGGGCAUGACUGUUGGCUAUCCAACCACAGUCCCUUGUCGUAACUGGCCUGACGUGGAACCAGGCCUCUACAGCGAUGUUCUAUUUAUUCUGUAUAUAUUUUCUGUACAUAA